AGGGCAGACCAGGGCCAGAACACGUUUUCAUCAUCGUUUCAUUCCAAGUUUGUGAUAUGGUGCAAAGCGAAUUAUGGUGCUUCAGUAUGUCAAGUGUUGCAAGUUAGAAGGACGUAAGCAUGGAAUGUUCAUCGUCAGCAGCUCGGAGGGUCAGUUAUGAAUCAUCAUAGAAUUCAUCAUAGCAUCAGAAUGUCAUCUCUUCACAGAUGACCAGCCAUAACGUGCGAAAGGAUAGGGAUGGCUACAUAGCAGGGAAGUGCGGCAGCGUCGCACGCGACUGUGCUGCGGCGAGCGGCGAAGGUAUAAAGGUCUCAUCCGCUCCGCUUCCGCUUCUUGCACUUUCACAAAAUCGAAGUUUCUCUGUGUGCGAAGACGUCAUCCGUGCGCUGCAACCAAUCCAUCACGUUUCAAGGAGUUACUAGGGUUACCAGAUACUCAAGGUAAACGCAUGGUUGUAUUAGCAAGGCGACUUUUACGAUGUUUCCAAAUAUCCGCCCUUCGACGAGCCCUGAAACUACCUCUGAACUGGUCCUCAGCACUUCUCCGAGUGGCUUUAAUCAUCAUAGUGCUGGAAGCGCCCCUGUGCUUAUAUCGCAUCUACGUGAACAGCGUAGAAGAGUACUUUUAUCAGGUGGAAGAAAACCUCUUCAAAAAUAUCACCAAUGGCUUAAAGUUCGAGGAACAAAGCUGUAAAUUCCCACUGUACGACCCGUUCGACAAGCAAACCAAGCCGUACGUAUUCAAUUAUCCACCUGUCAGUUGCGGCCAACCGCAGCCCUAUCUCACCUACGUUGACGGCGAUGGCUACAUCCACAUCAACUACACGGGAGCGCGUGAGGCUGGCUUGAACAAGCAGGAUUUUCGGUGCACCUACGAAGAAGUUCUUCGCUUUCCAAAUUCAGAUGACGAAGUGACUUUCAGUAGACCGCACCCGAUUCGAGACGGCAAAAAACUGACGGCGGCUUUCGUACGGGCUCGGUGCAAGCGCCGCCGGGGUGGUCGGCUCUUGUACGAAACCUUACACGCGUGGGUGAAACCGCUGUCCGAAGAACAGGAGGCGCGCGUGCUGCCCGCCUCCCCCAAGCGACCCAGCGUGCUUGUGCUGGGCGUAGACAGUAUGUCGCGUCUCAACUUCAUCAGGCAGCUACCUCGAACGCACGCCUUGCUCACCGACGUGUUUGGCGCCACCGUGUUCACGGGAAUGACGAGGGUCGGGCAGAACACGUACGCAAAUUUUAUUCCUAUGUUGACCGGCAUGGCGGCACGGAAAAGGGACGACUUAAAAAUCGUUGUUUGGGAAAAACUGUACGGACCUUUCGAUGAUCUUCCUGCUGUAUGGAAAAAAUUCAGUGAAAACGGAUAUAUAACGAUGUACACAGAGGAUGUACCUAUAUACAUGGCAUUCAACUACAUGGCGUCAGGAUUUAAAAAGCAACCCACCGACUAUUACACGCGGCCUUUCUGGCUAGCGAUGGAAAACAGCAGCGGAUUCGAGUCGUCUGAUGGUCGCUGCUACGGGAACAGUCCGCAGUACGAGUACCUCUUCAACUACACGCGCGAUUUUGUGGAGAAGAUGAGAGACAAGCGCUACUUCGCUUUCAGCUUCGUCACGGGCUAUAGCCACCACUCCAUAAACGAGGUGCAGGUGCUGGACGAGCCGUUCCGCGCCUUUCUCGAGGGGCUCUGGCGAUCCGGUGCGCUGAAGAACACUGUUGUGAUUGUGCUGGGCGACCACGGAAACCGAUUCGACGACUUCCGGGCCACUGUUCUCGGCCGCGUGGAGUCGAACUUGCCUUACUUGGCCAUCACCUUGCCGCCGGCCACACGCGCCGCCAAGCCACAUCUGCAGGAGGGUCUGCAACGCAACAACGCCACCUUCAUUACCUGGUACGACGUGUACGAGCUGCUGUCGGACCUGGCGCUGGACAACCUGCAGGCGACGCCGCGCGUGGUCCGCUUCGGCCAGGUGGGCUGGUCGCUGUUCCGCGGCGUGCCCGCGCGCACGUGUCCGCAGGCCGGCGUGCCGUGGGAGUACUGCGUGUGCGUGCGCGAGGUGGCGCUGCGCGCGGGCGACGCGGCGGCGCGGGCGGCGGGGCGCGCGCUCGUGGCGCACGUGAACGCGCUGCUGGCGGAUCGCGCGCAGCCGGCCGGGCCCUGCGCGCGCCUGGAGCUCGCGCACGUGCUGAGCGCGCAGCUGCUGCUGCCCAGUGCGGCCGUGGCCGGCGCCAAGGGCUUCGCGGCGGCGCUGCGCGUGACGGUGCGCGUGUCGCCGAGCGACGCGCUGCUGGAGGGCCGAGUGGAGCGCGACGCGUGGAACCUCCAGGGCCGCGUGCAGGGCGACGUGGCGCGAAUCAACCAGUACGGCAACCAGUCGCAUUGCCUGACGGACCGCCUUCUGCGCUACUACUGCUACUGCGUCGACCUGUUGCCUCGUCCGGUGCCGCAUGUUCCCUCGCCCUUGCUAUCGCCAUCGACUCUAGCUGUUGACGCCACUUAAUGUUUUGUACUUAGCUGUCGCGAAGUGAAAUUCACACCUAUUGUGAUAUCCGUUCAAUCUAGUAUAUAUUUACUCUCGUAAGAAAAUCUUUUUCUUGUCUUACGUCUUUAAUUUUGGUGACGGUAAUCGUUAUGACAUUACGUGAAAAUACCUAAAUUUUUCUUUGUAUUUGAACAGCGCGCGUAAUUAAAAUAACGAAUUUUUAGGUGAUUUUGUUAAUUGAUUCAGUCCGAGCGUCGCGCAAUAGAUAAAACCCCCGAGGCAUCAAAUCUACGCGUGCGACUGUUCAUAAUUGACUGAUCUCAGUCUGUGAUCUUAUUUUUGAUUUGGCACAAAAGAUAUAGGGAGCCAAAUGAGGUGAAAAGUGCGCCCAAAGUCAGUCCAUAAUAGCGAUACUCGUAUGAACAAUAAAAAAUACGGUCGAUAUUUAAAAAAAUCAACUCUCUAGGGUAAUCUGUUGCAAAGAAGCGAUGAAAAACUCGCUAAAGGAGUACGUAGUUGCGGAGUAGUAGUAAUGCUUUUUUUCUCACCUUUCUUGAUAACUCAGUAUCGAUUCGAAGGACAACUAUUCAAUUGAAGGCUGAACAGACACGUUUUCUCAACUAAACUAGACUUCUGAAAUGUUCUAGUAUGAGGGAUAAAUACAGUUGAAGUUCAGUAAGUAAUUACAUAAAUUGCAUAACAAUUGGCUGGUCACUAGCCAAAGUGUUAAUGACUGAAACCAUUAACUUCGUAGAUCAGCUGAUUAGCAAAACAGUUCUUGGCAUUAAUAAGGUAUGUUAACAGAAAUUAAACUGCUAUGAAUCAAAGUAAAACAACGGAUGCACUCAAAGCAUUAAGUAUUUGGAUAUGCUGAAUGUCAACAGCUGUGGACAUUGACAUUUUGUCGCAUUGGGGGUUUUUAAUUUUAAUAUCUCCCCACACUUGGGGCAGCUAUUUGUGGAGUCGACGCCUUGUAGAUAUGCCAGCUAGCUCAAAUGCUGCGGGAUACCUUGUUUCAGAGGAAUGGAAUGAAUCGUUAAAAAUUUAAAAAAAUACUUAUUUCAGUUAGAAUUUAACUAUAAUGUUAAUAUAAUUACUGGAAGUCACAAAAGUUAUGAAUUUUUGUGAGCUCAUUACCUAAGAUUGUAAUAAUAUAAAAAUUUGUUGAAUAAAAGUCUAAAGACGUUAAAGGGCCGUAGCUCGGUCACGCCAAGUCAUACACAAAUUGUUCUUUAAUUUUCCUGUGCAAUCAGAAGUGACCAAAGUCCUU